AUGAUCUUCAUUGCCUUGUGCACCACCUACCAGCUCCACGAACUGGAGCGUGCCUUCGAGAAGUCCCACUACCCCGAUGUGUACAGCCGUGAAGAGCUCACCAUGAAGGUCAACCUGCCUGAAGUCCGGGUUCAGGUCUGGUUCCAGAACCGGCGUGCAAAAUGGCGGCGCCAGGAGAAGAUGGACACCAGCACGAUGAAGCUGCACGACUCGCCCAUGCUCUCCUUCAACCGGCCGCCCAUGCCCACCAAUGUGGGGCCUAUGACCAACUCCCUGCCCCUGGACCCAUGGCUGGCCUCCCCCCUGGCCAGCACCACGCCCAUGCACAGCAUCCCCGGCUUCAUGGGCCCCACGCAGAGCCUCCAGCCUGGGUACGCCCCGCACCCUGGCUACCUCAACACCUCCCCGGGCAUGGUGCAGACCAUGCAGACCAUGCAGACUAUGCAGACCAUGCAGACUAUGCCGCCUCCACCCUACCAGUGUCCUCCAGCCUUCAAUGACAAGUAUCCUCUGGAGGACGUAGACCAGCGCCAUUCCAGCAUCGCUGCACUCAGGAUGAAGGCCAAGGAGCACAUCCAGUCCAUGGACAAAACCUGGCCGCACAUGUGACUAGAGGAUUGGACAUCUGGGAGAAUGUAAUGCACGGAGAGAGCAGCUUCUAUGCAGCAGUUCAGUCCAACAGCACUGGAUUGUUCUCUGACAUUCUAGAAGAAUGGAACUGUGUUGGACUUUGUGUGUUUGUUUGUCUUUUUAUCCUUUUACAUUUUUUUGCAAAGACUUUUACAAGAAAAGUCCCUUCAGACUUUUGUAAAGUUUUCUCAGUUUGAUGACCAA